UUGGGAGCCGAACCUAACCUAACCGUUCCCGUAAAAUCCCAAGAAAAAAUAGCAAUAAAAAAUAAAGAUAAUAAAACGACAAGUCCUCUCGAAAAUCCCCAUCCCUCAAUUCUACAAUCUUCAUUCUCAAUCCAACAACUACAACUACGAAAAUAUGACUCCUCAUUUUCUCCGUUAAUAAUUAUAGAACACAUCCCUUUUUUUCUUUUUGCUUCAAAUCUUUUAUGGCCUCUUUCGUUGAAAUCAGUCGGUACAAUCUGAUUCCACUCUCUGUGACUUCUCUCUGCGGUUGCCCAUGCCGUCUCUUAUCCAACAAAACCCUAAUUCCCACUAGAAGAACCCCCAAACUCAAGCUUAACUUUGUCUUUCAUGGAUCGAAAUCGGUCUUCCGGGUUCGUCCUACCAGUAUUUACGUCAACCGGCGGUUAAUUACGGCCGUCGCCCGUGCUGAACCCGAAAGUAUCGACGAAAGCAAUGCCGAGGAGGAAGUUGACCAAGGCACUGUCUUACCAACGACAAAGGAUUCUUUUUCUGAGUUACAACAUAAAUCAAGUCAGUUGAGAAAAAGGAUCGUUUUCGGACUUGGUAUUGGGAUCUCUGUCGGAGGUGCUGUAUUAGCUGGAGGAUGGGUUUUCACUGUGGCUUUGGCAGCUGCUGUUUUCCUUGGCGCACGUGAGUAUUUUGAAUUGGUUAGGAGCCGUGGAAUCACAGCAGGAAUGACACCUCCUCCACGAUAUGUCUCGCGAGUUUGCUCUGUUAUAUGUGUGUUCAUGCCCAUUCUCACAUUAUACUUUGGGAAUAUUGAUAUUUCAGUGACAUCUGCUGCAUUUGUUGUGGCUACGGCAUUGCUCAUGCAAAGAGGAAACCCUCGUUUUGCUCAGCUCAGCAGUACCAUGUUUGGGUUAUUUUAUUGUGGCUACCUCCCUUGUUUUUGGGUUAAGCUCAGAUGUGGUUUAGCAGCUCCUGCCUUGAAUACUAGAAUAGGAGCUGGAUGGCCUUUUCUUCUUGGUGGCCAAGCUCAUUGGACUGUAGGCCUUGUGGCAACCUUGAUUUCUUUCAGCAGUAUAAUAGCAGCAGAUACAUAUGCUUUUUUGGGUGGAAAGGCCAUUGGUAAGACCCCACUUACUAAUAUAAGUCCAAAGAAGACAUGGGAAGGAGCUAUUGUUGGCUUGGGUGGUUGUAUAGCAACUUCUGUAGUAUUAUCAAAGAUUUUUAGCUGGCCAGCUUCGUUAGUGAGUGCAAUAGCCUUCGGGUUUCUCAACUUCUUUGGAUCUGUUUUUGGUGAUCUUACUGAAUCGAUGAUCAAGCGUGAUGCUGGUGUUAAGGACUCUGGCUCCCUAAUACCUGGACAUGGUGGAAUACUUGAUAGAGUGGAUAGUUACAUAUUCACAGGUGCACUUGCAUACUCUUUUGUCAAAAUCUUGUUACCGCUCUAUGGAGUUUGAUACGUAAAUUUUUUGAUCAGUAGUAAGUAAGGAUACCAGAUAGAAUUUCUUCAGUGUUUAUAUACAUAUAUAUAUUAUUGAAAAGGAGUGCAGAAGCACAUUUGAUGGAUUCAUCCAAAAGAAAUCAGUUUCUGCUUGCUCUUUAAGAAUCUGACAGAAGCAAAUUGAGGUUCUGCUAUAGAUAAGUGGUGGAGUACAUUUCUUAUACGAGUUCUUCCAAGUUCAAUGUAAUGAUACUACACAGGCCAUUUGACUUUUAUGGGGCUUUCCUUUUAACUUAAAAGGUUCAUGUUCA